GGGGCCUCCGCUGCCGGCACAGCAGCGAGCGGCGAUGGCGGCCGCGGGCCCGGCGGGAGCUGGGGACCUGCCGCGGCUGGCGGAGGACCUGCUGGGCCAGCUGCAGGACAACUUCCAGGCGCUGGCCGAGAGGAUCGCGCUGAGGAUGGAGGAGAUGGGCGAGCGCUUGGAGGGCCUGGAGCUGCACGUGGCACAGCUGAUGGCAGAGGCUGGCAUCGACAAGCCCCAGGAGGAGCUGAGGGUAAGGACAUUCCUUCCCCUUGGGCUUGGCACCGUGGGCAGCACCUGGCAGGAGGAUGCUGCUGACACAUCCUUCGUGCCUGUGCUUGCUGGGGUGCUGAAGCACACCAAGGUGACACAGACGUGGCACUGGGACAUGUGA